CCGGAGCGUCAGUAAGGCAAGAGAGGUCGCUGUGGAAGGAUUCUCUCUCUCCUGCUCCACUUACCUCCAGCAGUUGGAGCGAACAGGACAGCUCCAGGGAUUCCCAAAGUUCCAGGAUGGCAGAGGCAUCGGCGUACCUGUAACAGAGGAACCAGGUGGAGGGGCCAUGCUAAACGAGGUGGAGCUGUUGGAGGAUAUCCCUUACUACCGGACACUGCAGAAGCCACACCCACCGCCCCAUGGCCACCUGCUGUCCUCGGCACCACAUUACCCCACGGCACCACGCCCUCGCCCGGACUAUGACGAAACGGCGAUCGCCAUCAUCGCGCCGGACAUCCGGAGCCACCCUCCCAACAGCCACCCUUUGUCUAUCUCAACGCUGGACCAUGGCGAGCAAUACGCGCCUCUGGGCUGCCUGGACGCCACCCUCUCUGCCCUCGCGUACCUGGGUGACCUGGGCACAGACCUGCUUGUCUGCUACGUCCUGUUCGCCGAGGGCCGCGUCACGUGGUCCGCCCUGACCGCGGCUUUCGUCCUGCUGUCGGCCAUCGUGGUCAAUAUCAUCAGCAUCGACUGGUAUGCCAGGAACCAAAGGGCUUCUGUUUACACUUCUGCGAGCAAGCUUACGUGGACCGUCCGUUCUCUGUUCCACUUACUAUUCGUGGGACUUUUAUACAGGUACUUACACCUGCUAUGCAAUAAUCUGUGCCAAGAUCACUUGGAAAACCGGGAGCACCGGAGUGUCAUGGAGGCGCGGAAAAGAAAAAACGCUAUCCGACAAAUGACCAUUAAGGAAGACAAGCAGACAGCCACACUGUGCUUGCUACACAGCUUCCUUCAGUCUGCCCCACAGCUCGUGCUGCAGCUCUACACAUUAGCACAAAGGACAGACGAAGACAAACUAGUCACAGUCCUCAUUCAAGGCAUAUGCGCCACUUCAUCCCUCUUCCAGCUUGCCUGGUCCAUUACAUCCUAUAACCACGCCCUCCAUCGAACUACGCCUGGAAAAAGGCGUGGCAACAGCGUUGGUCGCCUCCUCCAGUUCCUGUGGCACUUCUGUAUCAUCGGGUCUCGAGCCUGCACUCUGGCCCUCUUCACCAAAGAAUACCAUUUCUGGCUUUUCCCCUUCUGCAUUGGACACUGGGGGGUUAUGACCGUCUGGGUCAUGCACCAGCAAACGCGCUUUUGCCGGAAAGGAGGAGAGCUGCAUCAGUGCAAAGAAUACAUCUGGAACAUGGUAGUGGGCGUGGCCUAUGUGAUAUACUACCUGAACGUCAAGGCAGAGCCAACCAGGUAUAAGUACUCAGCCUAUUAUGCCAUCGUCUUUGCCGAGAACUGUGUCCUCAUGACCCUCUGGUUCCUGAGGAAUGAUCCCGGCGUCUGGUACCACAUACCGGCACUUGUGGCUGUAUUUUCAAGUUUUGCGAGUGGCAUCAUCUUCAUGUUGUUUUAUUAUGGGUUCUGUCACCGAACGUUGAAACAGACAAACGAAAAACGCGCAGCCCACUGUUGUUGAAGUUUAUCAACUGAUGAAUUGUUCUUCUUUUAUACUAUGCAGGCGCAAAAUUUAAUGAGAAGCAAGCGCUUUGAAGUUGUAAUGUUCUUAGUUUGUUAAUAAA